AUGUUAUAUAUAUAUAGUAUAUUGAAAUGUAUUUAUGUAUUUUAAUUAACUAAUGUAUCAGGACAAGGAAUUUCAACAUCCCAGAGCAAGUAACGAAUCAAUCUUUCAACUAACAAAAUAUAAACCUGCGCUACUGUGUACUAAAAUUAUCACAAAAGUGUUGGCAACCUACUACAUUUAUCGAUAAAAUAAGAGUAUCGCAAUAGGUGCCAAAUGAAAUUUAUUAAAUAAAUUCCGUAGAAUUGCAGUUUCUGUUUACCUAGUGAUCUGCGAUUUAGUGAGAGAAAAUGCUGCGAAGUUUAUGCGGUCGCCUUGAGCCACUCAGUUUGGUAUGCGGCUUCACGCGUGGCAUGUCUUGCUAUCCGCCGCAUUACAUCGAUGCUAUAUUUUCCAAACAGAAACAACUCAGCCUAAAAGAAACUGAUGAGUAUAUCAAGCUCUCACAUAUGCCGGUAAAAGCAGCUAAGAACGAUGAAUCCGAAUCAAUAUUCUAUAACAGUUUGGUCAACAAAAUGACCAAUUAUAUAACGAAGGGUGGCAACAAGAAACUGGCCAGAGAAUUGCUAACAAAAUCUUUUGAAUGCAUGAAGCGUAUACAAAUUGAACGCAUGAAUUUGAAUCCGGAUGCGAAAGAUACAAUAAUAGCCGAUCCUGAACAACUGUUAAUCAAGGCAAUAGAAAAUAGUCGGCCGUUAUUGCAAUUGACGGCAAUAAAACGCGGUGGCGUCAAGUAUCAAGUGCCAAUCCCAGUGACUGAGAAGCGUUCAUAUUUUCUAGCAAUGAAAUGGAUUCUGGAAGCAGCUAGGGAAAAGGAGAGAAAGGUGCAUUUGCCAGAAAAGUUGGCAUGGGAAGUGCUAGAUGCAGCUUAUAAUCAAGGAAGAGUGGUGAAAAAGAAGAAUGACUUGCAUCGACAGUGCGAAAGCAAUCGAGCCUACGCACAUUACAGAUGGAGUUAGAGAUUUUUUAAAUAUGCUUUUUUGUUGAAAUUAUUACAAAAUACAAAUUUGUACUGAAAAUGCUAA